UAUCUAGUGCUUAACGAAUAAACACGACUUUAAUCGAAAUUUCGUUGAAUUUUUCGAUUGCUUCCGCGAGUUCGUCGCGUCGUUUCCAAAAAUGUGGUUAAUCGUGUAUGCAUUUGUAGCAUUGCCACUCACUUUGUAUGUGUUUCUCGAGCUGCGCGUGGCCAAAAAGAAACGCCUACUGAACAAGUUGAAUGGCCCGUCCGCAGUGCCGUUCCUUGGCAAUGCCCACCAAAUGGGCAAAAGUCCAUCGGAAAUUCUGAACACCUUCUUUGAGUUCUGGCAUAAAUAUGACAAGGAUAACUUUCGAUUUUGGAUCGGAUACUAUUCGAAUAUAUUUGUGACAAAUCCCAAGCAUCUGGAGGUCAUAAUGAACAGCAAUACGCUAAUAGAAAAGUCGGAUAUCUAUGAAAUGUUACAUCCUUGGCUGGGCGAGGGGCUGCUGACGAGCAAAGGCAGCAAAUGGCACAAGCACCGCAAGAUGAUAACGCCUUCAUUCCAUUUUAAUAUACUCCAAGACUUUCACCAAGUCAUGAACGAAAACUCAGCCAAGUUCAUUAAGCGGCUUAAGGAAGUUUCGGCUGGCGAUAAUAUCAUAGACUUUCAGGACGAAACGCAUUAUUUAACCCUGGAUGUCAUCUGCGACACGGCCAUGGGAGUGCCGAUUAAUGCAAUUGAACAGCGAGACACCGUUGAAGUUGUGAAGGCCUUUAAGGACAUGUGCUACAGCAUCAACAUGCGGGCAUUUAGUCCUCUGAAGCGUUCCGCCCUGCUUUAUCGGUUUGCCCCCGAUUACGCCGCCAACGCGAAGACCCUGAAAAUUCUGCAAGAUUUCACUAACGACAUCAUCGAGAAGCGCAUUAAGGCCCAUCGCACGGGCGCCGCCAAGACGAAUGAAGGCAGCGAGUUCUCCCGCAAGAAGAUGGCCUUUCUGGAUACUCUGCUCUCGUCCACUAUUGAUGGGCGCCCUUUGAACCAGCAGGAGAUUUACGAGGAGGUCUCCACAUUUAUGUUUGAGGGCCAUGACACGACAACAUCGGGCGUAGCAUUUGCUGGCUACAUACUCUCCAGAUUUCCGGACGAGCAGCGAAAGCUUUUUGAAGAACAGCGAGCCGUCAUGGGCAAUGAGCUGCAUCGCGAUGCCACAUUCCAGGAAAUCUCCCAAAUGAAAUACCUGGAUCUCUUCAUAAAGGAGGCGCAAAGAGUCUAUCCCAGCGUCCCCUUCAUCGGUCGCUACACUUAGAAGGAUUACGAUAUACUUGGCACCAUUAUGCCGAAGGGCACCACCCUUAAUCUGGGCCUCAUCGUUCUGGGCUACGAUGAGCGCAUUUUCAAGGAGCCACAUCGUUUCACGCCGGAACGAUUUGAGCAGCAGAAACCGGGGCCCUUUGAAUAUGUUCCCUUUAGCGCAGGUCCACGCAAUUGCAUUGGACAAAAGUUCGCUCUGCUGGAGCUGAAGACUGUCAUAUCGAAGCUCGUGCGCACCUUCGAGGUGUUGCCCGCCGUGGAUGAGCUGCUUUCCAAGGAUGGUACUCUGAACACCUAUUUGGGCCUGCCCAAGGAGGAGAAGGAAAGGAAAGAGCGACAGGGCCACAAAUACGAUCCCAUCCUAUCGGCUGUCUUGACCCUAAAAUCAGAGAACGGCCUUCAUCUGCGCUUGCGUGAAAGGAAAUAGGUGCUCAGCCUUUAUUAUUAUUAUUUGUUAGCAGUUUAUUAUAAUUAAAAGUUAGUUGAUAAACCAA